AGGGUUACACUAAUGUCCUGACAAUGUCCUGACAAUGUCCUGACAAAGUCCUGACGGAUAUGAAAAUGCUAAUUACGUUUUCAUUAUAUAAAGGAUUUACUUUAAAUUUGGAACCAAGCAAGAUGACAACAUUAAUUUAUUAAAUAAAAGAAAAAAAAUUAAAAAAAAUAUUUUUAAGAGUUAGAAAACUUGACCUGACCAACUUCGACUUUGAAAUCACUAAUGUCCUGACCGAUAUGAAACGGCUAAAUACUUUUUUAUUAUUCACAGGAUAGACUUCAAAUUCGAUAUCAAGGAAGAUUAAAACAUUUAAUCCAAAAAUAUAAGAAAAAAAUGAAAAAAAAAAAAUUUUUAGAGUUAGAAAACUUGACCUGACCAAUACGAUUUUGCCGCGACUAAUGUCCGGACCGAUAUAAAACUGCUAAUUUCUUUUUUAUCUUUGGAAGGAUUAACUUCAAAUUUAGUAGCAAGGAAGAUUUCGACAUUUAACAAAGAAAUAAAAAGAAAUGAAAAGAAAACAAAUAUUCAAAAGACCAAAAAACUUGACCUGACCAACAUAGGCUAUUCACCAAAAAAAGACAUGUUCGUUUAAAAAAUAGAAAGACUAUGUAUAUUUCUUAAAUAAAUGUCUUUAAGUUUGAUAAAUAUCAAUAUUUUAUUAAAUAUUUAAAUGACAAAAAGAAAAAAAUGUGAACAAGUAUUGCAAGGGUAAAAAUAUAUUGACCUGACAUUGUCGAACUUGUCCUGAUCAAUUUUCUAACUGAAAGAAAAUGUUAACCUCUUACCUUAUAUUAUUGAAAUUGAAAAUAUCCGAUCACAAUGAUAUUACAACAUUGAACGCAGAAAGAUACUGUUGAAAUGAAACGAAAGAGAAAUAUUAGAACCAGUUGCUGAAUGUUUUCGUAUUGACCAGAUGUUCAACGAACUGCAACCAACCAUCGACAACUACAACACCGUGGUACUUCACGUUGGCGCCAACGACCUCUCCCAUGGUUCAUCAGUAAAGACUCUACUCAGGAAAUACCAACAACUGACAUCAGACAUUUGGCACAGCAACCCAACAGCAGACAUCAUCAUAUCUGGAGUCCUACCUAGAGCCGACAACCAAUUCCCAGGGGCACUUCUGCGCACCAACUUCCUAACGGAACUCAACCAGAGAGCUCGGCUACUCAAUACCAAACUACAGUUACUAGCUACCCGAGUUCCAAGACUCCACUACGUUGGUCACCCGUCAUUCGCCCAGAAAGGUACUAUCCAGAGACACCUACUCAGUCGAGAUGGUCUUCAUCUAAGCUACCGUGGUACAUCAACUGUGGUGAAAGACAUCGAGAGCGCCAUUCGUCAUCUACGCAAAACCAAGGAUACUCAUGACAGCAUCUGGGACCUACCAACGUCAACACCAACGUCAACACCAACGCCAACACCAAAAGCACCUACACCAAUGCCUGACCCAACUGAACCAGCUGUAGACCAAUCACUGUACCGAACUGCACUACUCACUUUACCGAUACGAACACCAACACCAACACCAAAACCAGUACUAACUUCAACAGGUAUUCAGGUGAUUGAAGAGUGGCCUGCUCUUCCACGGGUAUGUUAUCUGGUAUCUUCUCUUAUUAACACUUCAUCUACCUCUAACACUGUGCAUGUUCCUACCACCACGUCCUCAUCUGUUCCAGCAUGUACCAUCUCACCAAAUCCUGUUUGUGUCGCACCUACCUCCACUUCUAGCCGCUCACCCACUUCCACUUCUUACCGCUUGUCUACCUCCACUUCUAACCGCUUGUCUACCUCCACUUCUAACCGCUUGCCUACCUCCACUUCUAACCGCUUGCCUACCUCCACUUCUAACCGCUUGCCUACCUCCACUUCUAACCGCUUGCCUACCUCCACUUCCAACCGUUUACCUACCUCCACUUAA